UUUUCUACUUGUAGCGAAGGAGGAUUUUUCAAAGCACAUCUCUACUUCCCCAAAGAAUACCCGUUGCGACCGCCCCGAAUGAAGUUUGUCACAGAAAUUUGGCACCCAAAAAUCGAAAAAAAUGGAGAUGUCUGUAUUUCCAUCUUACAUGAGCCCGGAGACGAUAAAUGGGGGUAUGAAAAAGCUUCGGAACUCUGGUUACCCGAGCACACAGUGGAGACUAUCUUGAUAUCUGUAAUAUCAAUGCUAGCUGAUCCCAAUGACGAGUCUCCAGCAAAUGUAGAUGCGGCUAAGGAAUGGAGAGAAUCUUAUACCAACUUCAAACGCUAAGUUGCUCGUUGUGUGAGGAAAAGUCAAGAAGAGUGCUUGUGAAGCAGAUUGCCGUAAAUUUGUAUAUUUAUAUUAAACAUUUUCUACAUUAAAAGGAUUAACUGAAUUAUCAAGAGAAGUUUUUCAAUUUCUUCGGCG